AUGGCACCUCCGGACUUGACGCCCAGGCCGGGCACAUCCUCGAGCAACCCGGCCGACGGGUCGCCUGCGGGCUACGGGCGCUCGUGUACCAACUGCUCGCGCGCCAAAUGCAAGUGCAUUUUCAAGUCGAGCGUCGGGAGCUGUGAGCGAUGCCACCGCCUGGGCAAGGACUGCCAGCCCAUCGCGGCGUCGAGGAAGCGCGUGGAGAAGAGACAGACCCCCUCGAGGACGGCCCAGCUCGAGGAGAAGCUCGAUGAUCUCGUGUCCAUUUUGCGGUCCUCGCAGGGGGGCUCCAUGGCUGGUAUCGCGGGUGGCAGGCAGCCCUUUCCUCCCAUGUCUGCCGAGUCCAGCUACCCUCCGCCGCCUACGAGCCGCCUGGACUCGUUGGCCACUGCUGCUACGGCGACAGAUCCUCAGGGCUCGAACAAUGCGGCCGCCGCUGCUGCGUACCCAGCCAUCACAAAGGCCAACAACAGCAAUCUCAAUGCAAACUACAAUGAGAGCGACGACAACUCGGAACCAACGCCCGCAGAAGCAGAGCUCUACCUGCAAAAAUUUCGAGCGUGGCAGCAGAAUCUGCCUUUCAUGGUCCUUCCGCCCACCAUGGACGCAGCCCAGCUGCGACAGGAGAGUCCGUUCUUGUGGCUGUGCAUUAUGAACAUCACCAGCAUGUCACUACCGCAGAUGCAGGCUUUGAAGGAGCGCGUACGCAGAGAACUGGCGGAAACCAUGGUCAUACGGCACGAGCCUUCGAUGGACAUUAUCCAAGGACUCAUUGCCUAUCUGAGCUGGUCAUUCAUGAACUCCGGCCCCGGCUGGAAGCCAUUCUUGAUUCUGUUCUCGCAGCUGGCCAUGAGCGCUUGCUACGAGUUGGGCCUGACCAGGUCUUCUGCUGAAGAGGAGCAUUUUGCGAGAUGCUUCAAGGCUUGGGUCCCCAGGCCGCCGCAGGUCAAGCUGCGAACCUCGGAAGAGAGACGAGCCAUAGUGUCUCUCUGGUAUCUGAUAUCAAUCAUAUCCACGUUCAUCGGCAAGACAGACUCACUACGCUGGACAAAUCAUAUGGAGGAAUGCCUCGAGGCACUAGACCAGGGAAAGGAGCAUAUCCAGGAUGCCAUCCUGGUCAGCCUCGUCCGAAUCCAGCUCAUUGCUGAUGAGACGCACAAACUCGUGAUUCAAGACGUUCUCAAGGGCGAGACUUUUGACUACACGCCAAGUUACGUGUAUCGAAAGACGUUGCUCAGCCGCUUGCGAAUUUUACGCGAGAGCCUGGGCCAUGUGGCCAACUCGAGCUAUGUUGUACAGGCCCACCUGUAUGCGACAGAAGUCAUGAUCAACUGCUUGGGGUUCUUCAAACCUUCCGUGCCAGAGGCACAACGGCUCGACUCAAUGUACUCUUGCCUGCGCGCCGUGCGUGCGUGGUACGAUGUCUGGUUCUCGAUUCCCAUGACGGACAUUCCAGGCCUCCCAUUCGCGCUGCUGGUGCAGCUCUCGCAUGUGCAAGUUGCCUUGUACAGGUUGUCCACGUCCGACGAUCCUGCGUGGGACAAGGAGGUCCUUCGAAACACGGCCGAUCUCUUGCUGGUCUUGGAUAAGAUCAUUGAGCGAUUCGAGGCCAUGCAGACUGUGUAUCCCAUGAAAACGGGCAAAGACGAUGCCGACUCCACACUGUGGUGUCGAGCGACCAAGAUCAUCAAGAAUAUCAAGGCCAGCUGGGAGCCAGCGUUGACGCAGCACUACAGCAGCAAUAACAGCAACAGCAACAACAGCAACCCUGGGUAUCCGACACCGAAUAGCCAGGGCCAUGGUGUACCCGUCAAUGGCGGAGGGAUACCGAUCGGUAUGGGCCACACGAUGGAUCCAAAUCUCCCCGACACGACGGCAGGCAUGGGCAAUCGCGGCGGCGGCGGCGGUGGUUGCGGCGCAAGAGGUGGCAGAAGCUCCCGACACAGCGCACCACGACUUAACGGCAACGUCCCUGGCACCCACCAAGUCAUACCGGGAGCAAGCGUCUGGAUUGUCCUCAAAGAGGACCAGCCCACGGGCGACCAGACACACGGCAUCAUCGCGCAAGUUCUGACGCGGGGCAACCAUCCUAGAGGGAUCAAGGUCAAGCUUCGCGAUGGCCAGGUCGGACGGGUGCAGAGAAUGGGCGCACCCGUCACCGAGACCGCAGCGCCGCCCCAGACGACCGACAGAAACGAACCACCGUACUCUACGAUGAACGCGACGAGUGCGACAAGAUUCACGCACCGCUACACGGAUGUGCGCUACGAGGACAACGAGGAUUAUGCAUCGGAGCCUCCGCCUCGCUCCCUCGCCGACUAUCUCCCCGACGAGCCAGAGCCGCCCACGACGCAGACGAAUAAUAAUACCACCGUGACGGCGACCUGCCCUAUAUGCGAGGCCUUUGAAGGAGAUGAGAUUGCAGUGUCGCACCACGUCGAGCGAGAGCAUUGA